AAAAAAAAUAAAACACAACAAAAGAAAAGAGAAAGAGAAACACUAACUAGAGACGAUGAAGGUUGAAACUAUCGGUAAAGAAAUCAUAAAGCCGUCUACAACAACUCCAAAUGAUCUCCGAACUCUCCAACUCUCUAUUCAUGAUCACAUGAUCUCUCCCGUUUACACCACCGCCUUUCUUUUUUACACUAAAGAUGACUUGACCUCGCAGGAUCACAUUUCCCACAAACUCAAGACUUCUCUAUCCGAAACCUUGACAAGAUUCCACCCUUUUGCCGGCAGAAUCAACGGAGUAACCGUCGACUGUAACGACGAAGGAGCCGUCUUUGUCGAGGCACGUGUUGAUGACUGUACUCUCUCUGGAUUUAUCAGAUCUCCAGAUUUCGAAUCCCUGAAACUAUUGCUUCCUCUAGACCCCGACGCUACACCUACAUGGCCUUUGCUGCUAGUGAAGUCGACCUACUUCCAAUGCGGCGGUAUGGCCAUUGCAAUCUGUAUCUCCCACAAACUCGCCGAUGCAACCUCUCUAUCGAUUUUCGUUCGGUCUUGGACUGCCACGGCUCGAGGAGAGAGUGACUUGGAGACGAUUCCCGAGUUCGCUGGAGCAAAGCUCUACCCACCAGCCAAUGAGGCCUUUAAAAUUCCGGUAGAUGUUCAAGCCGAUAAGGGAACACCUGUCACAAAAAGAUUCGUAUUUGUAGCAUCUAAAAUCGAAGAGCUCAGGGUCAAAGCAGCUAGUGACGCAGUGCCUCGACCCACUCGGGUCCAAAGCGUGACAUCCCUUAUCUGGAGAUGCGUGGCUGCGUCGUCAGACACAUCUCGUGAGAAAGUGUUGGUCCAGCCCGCUAACUUGCGACCCAAGAUACCUUCUCUCUCGUCCGGAAACGUAAUUGGUAACCUCUUCUUCUCCACAGUGACCUUUAACGGAAAAGGCGAGGUCCAGAUAUCAGAAACAGUUAAAGAGUUACAGGAAAGGGCAAAGGAGUUUGCCCUUUUGGUCCAAGGCGAAGAAGGAUCAAUAGGCACGAAACUGGUUGGUCAAAUAAUGGGUUAUGCUUCCAAGUUGAGCAGCAAGAAUCAAGACAUACACCCCGUGACUAGCUGGUGCAAGCUUCAGUUUUAUGAUGCUGAUUUUGGAUGGGGAUCGCCGGUUUGGGUUGCCGGGAAUGUGGUUUUGUCGUCACACAAUAAAACGGUGCUUAUCGAUUCAAAGGACGGACAAGGAAUCGAAGCGUGGGUGACACUACAUCAAGAGGCUAUGUUGCUGUUUGAGCAGAACCCGGAUCUGCUUGCUUUUGCUUCCCCAAAUGCUUAAUUUUAAUGCAAGCAAAGGUUUACCAGACUGUUAUCCACUGUUACUUGUUUUCAUGAUUUUCUGUAAUUCUGCUAUUUAUAUCAAUUCUUAAUUGUAUUUUUGUAUUAUGUGACAAUGGAUACAGUAAUAAAUGAACUCUGCAAAUCACAUGUUUUC